GUCUGGGACUAGGGUGCGGCGGCUCCAAAGCCUGAUUGAGAGGCUGCCCAUCUCUCUGGCGGCUGGGCUGGGGAGCCUGCUGUCGGGGAAAGAAUGGGCCUGCGGUGCUCAAGGCCCCAAUGGAGCCUUUGGGCUCCCGCAGAACCGGCUGAGUCUCCUGUAGUCUCUGAGGAGCCGCUCGACCUUCUCUCCACCCUGGAUCUGAGGCAGGAGAUGCCUCCGCCGCGAGUGUCCAAGAACUUUCUGAGCCUCCUCUUCCAGGUGCUGAGCGUGGUGUUAUCCCUGGUAGGAGACGCGCUGGUCAAUGUGUACAGGGAGGUCUUUUCCGUCCGCUUCCUGAUCACCGCGGUGUCGCUGCUGAGCGUCUUUCUGGCAGCACUCUGGUGGGGGCUCCUGUACCUGGUCCCUCCUCUGGAGAAUGAACCUAAGGAGAUGCUGACUCUAAGCGAGUACCACGAGCGCGUGCGCUCCCAGGGGCAGCAGCUGCAGCAGCUCCAGGCCGAGCUGGAUAAGCUCCACAAGGAGGUGUCCAAUGUUCGCGCAGCCCACAGUGAGAGAGUGGCCAAGCUAGUGUUCCAGAGGCUGAAUGAGGACUUCGUGCGGAAACCCGACUACGCGCUGAGCUCUGUGGGAGCCUCCAUCGACCUAGAAAAGACAUCACACGACUACGAGGACACGAACACUGCCUAUUUCUGGAACCGCUUCAGCUUUUGGAACUACGCGCGGCCGCCCUCCGUCAUCCUAGAGCCAGACGUGUUCCCUGGAAAUUGCUGGGCUUUUGAGGGCGACCAGGGCCAGGUGGUGAUCAGGUUACCAGGUCGUGUGGAGCUGAGCGACAUCACUUUACAGCAUCCACCGCCCAGUGUGGCACACACCGGGGGAGCCAACAGCGCCCCAAGAGACUUCGCAGUCUUUGGCCUUCAGGUUGAUGAUGAGACUGAAGUUUUCUUGGGGAAAUUCACCUUUGAUGUGAAGAAAUCUGAGAUUCAGACUUUCCACCUACAGAACGACCCUCCAUCUGCCUUUCCAAAGGUGAAGAUCCAGAUUCUAAGCAACUGGGGCCACCCACGUUUCACAUGCUUGUAUCGAGUCCGAGCCCAUGGUGUACGAACCUCAGAGGAGGCAGGGGACAGUGCCACGGGGGCCACUGGGGGGUCCCAUUAAACAUGCUGAUGGUUGGAGUAGAAUCGAGCUCUGUGCUGAAGGCAGCUGGAUCAGUACUGGGGGGGGGGUGCUCUGUUGGAGAGAACUCUGGCAUAUAAAUUGUAGGGUCUACCUCCCAAUCCAUCCUCUUUUUUUGGAGAAGUCCAGAUCAAUAUAGUAGCAGCAGAUGUUCAUGGAGUGCUUACCGUGUGCAAGAGCCAGUGCUAUGUGGACAUUCUGUACUAGGCAUAACACAGAGAAAUAAACCACUCAGGUCAGGAAACUUGCUCAAGGUCACACAGCUUGUGAAGAACAAUACCACAAUGGAACUCAAGACUGCCUUCCUCCAGGGGCUGCCCUCUUUAACUGCAGAGCUGCCAGGCAGCUGAAGCCAUGAUUGUGCUGCUCAAUUCCCACCCACCAAUGUCUGGAAUGACUUUCCUAGUGUCUGGAAAGCUUCCCAAAUCCAGGUACAGAUGGAGGGGAAACUAUAUUUCUUCACAAACACUCAAACACUAAGGAGACUUGUGACCCUCUAAGAAGCUUCUGAGUAAAAGGGGUGAUGCAGGCUUAGUAGCCCUUCUGCAGGCUGUCUUCACUGAGACCUGAGUGACUGUGUUAGACACAGUGUGAGUGAUCUACUGUUCACCAGUUGGUGCCCUCAAGGAGCCAGGCAGGGGAAAGAAGAUGCUCCAGAAAACAGGACAAUUCAUUUAUAGAUCCAUGAAUUCUUCAAUCUGAUGGUCUAAAGAAAUUCAAGGAAAAUAGAGACAGAAAAUCAAGGGAUUAAUGAAUUUUACCUAGGGAUGGAAAAGAGGGAAUAGCACGAGCAAAGAAAUAUGCAACAUCUUGGGUGUUAAGAUUACCAAGUAUGGUCCAGUGGGGUGGCAUAUGUCUGUAAUCCCAGCAACUCGGGAAGCUGAGGCAGGAGGAUCUCAGGUUCAAAGCCUGCCUCAGUAACUUAGACCCCGUCUCAAAAUGUUAAAAUAAAGGAGAGUUGGGGAUGUGGCUCACGGUUUAAGCUAAGUUACUGGGUUCAAACCCUGGUACCCACCACCCCAAAUUCUCAGUAUAUUCACGUUUUAGAAGAACUUACAGACUAUCAACAGUUCCCUAGAAAGUAAAACUAGGAGUGUCUAACACAUACACAGGUAUGUGUUAGGGUGGAGCACUUAUCCAUCUGUUAAACUUAGGGAUAUUAUUUUGUAAUUUGAAGGCAAAUUAAGUGCUCUCAAAAUCUAGGAUUAGCUGGAUGCAGUGAUGCACGCCUGUAAUCCCAGUGGUUUGCGAGGCUGAGACAGGAGGAU